AUGGCUACCAACAAUAACCCACUAAAACAAUUAUCGGUCAUGGCUGGCAAGGAUGGCCUUUCGAGCCUCCACAUCCCCACCAUCACUGAUGGCGCUGAAGACGUUGUUGGACGCAUUCGAUUACAAAAGGACCAUAACAUUGUCAACAGCCGAGGACUCGAUAAAAUAAGAGAAACGUUGCAGGCAUACGAAUACCUAUGCCAUAUUGGUGAAGCAAAAGAAUGGAUUGAGAAUUGUUUACAAGAAACAAUUGACCCAGUCAUUCAACUUGAAGAGACCAUGCGAAAUGGCAUCAUAUUGGCCAAGCUAGCUGCUUGGUUCACUGAUGGAGUAGUCAAAAAGAUCUUUUACGGCAAAAGGCUUGAAUUCCGUCAUUCGGAUAAUAUCAAUUACUUUUUGGAGGCAUUGGCUGUUGUGCGAUUGCCAGACACCUUUUGGUUUGAGUUUACCGACCUUUAUGAUAAAAAGAAUAUCCCACGAGUGAUUUACUGCAUCCACGCUCUCAGCCAUUUGCUAGCAAGACGUAACUUGGCCCCUAGUAUUAAAAAUUUGUAUGGUCAAUUACAAUUCACAGAUGAGGAACUUCAUGCAACACAGCGAAACCUGGAUUCAUGUGGCACCAAUAUUCCCAACUUUAUGGAUCUUCGCCCAUCGUUGUACAAAGAGCUGCAUGGUGAUGAUAGCUUCCGACACCAUGAUGAUCAUCGAUUCAAUAAGAGUCCCACCACACCCGAUUUGAUCAUUGAAGAAAGCGAUGAAAGUGAUCAUGAGACAAUGACAGAGCAAGAACGAUUUGAGCUCUAUUGGUCUGAUUCCGAGAACUUGGAAAGGCUCAAGACCUGUCAAAACAUAGCACGCAAAUGGUUGGCGCAUCGAGAAAUGGAGCGACAGCGUCAGGAGCUGCAUAAAUCCACCUAUGUCGUCUCGCAUCUAUCACGUGUACAGGCUCAUGCACGUGGUAUGUUGCAACGUCGUGAUAUGGAGGACAAGCACAUCACCUAUGAGAGUUCCGAAGAUUGGGUCAUCAAGUUGCAAACGCAUGUGCGUGGCUGUCUUGCACGAUUGAAUUACAGGCACACGUUGGAUCAUUACAAUGAGCAUCUCGACAAGGUUAUCAUGGUGCAGAAUUUUGUCAAGAACAAGAUGAUGGGCAAGGCCUAUCGUAGAUUGACAUCCGAUAGCAAUCCAUCCAUUGGCACUGUCAAGAAUUUUGUACACUUGCUGGAUGAUAGUGACCUCGAUUUCGAUCGUGAGCUUGCUUUGGAGGACUUGCGUCAAAAGGUCAUCCAACAGAUUCGCGAGAAUGACCAAAUGGACGCCCAUGUCAAUGCACUCGAUAUCCAAAUCUGCCUCUUCUUGAGAAAUGCAAUCACCAUUGACGAAGUGGUCAAGAGCACCAGCGCAUUCAAAAAGAAGCAACAACGUCGUCGCAUGUCUGAACUUGCUGCCAGCACACGCAAAAGCAACCCGUAUUCCCUUCGUGGUGUUGACAAGGAAUCGCGUACACGUCUUGAGUUGUACCAACGCCUUUUGUAUCUCUUGCAAACUGAACCAGGCUAUCUUGCACGCAUGCUAUCCAUGUGUGGUCGUCGUGAACUUGAUUCAUCCAUCAGCACGCGUUUGAUCGAAUCCACCGUACUCAGCUUGUUUGGAUACGCUACCAAUGCACGUGAAGAGUAUUUGCUUAUCAACCUUUGCAAGUGUUGCAUUGAUGAAGAAUUGUCCUAUGUGGAGAAUGCUCAAGAGUUCAUGCGUGGCAAUUAUACAUUUAUGAAAUUGGUGGUACAAACCAACAGAGGAGCAAAGGAACGCAUGUUCUUCCGCCGAUUGUUGACUCCCUUGGUGGAAAGCAUUGUGCAGGAUGAAUACCUGGAUCUUGAAACCGACCCUGUGGCUAUCUAUCACAAGGUGAUCAAUGAGGAGGAAUCACGUACGGGUCGACCCUCGAUGAGAAAGCAUUCUGCAACGGUGCAAGAGGCUCUUCAAGAUCAAGAAGUGUGUGACACUUUCCUUAUGCAUCUGCGUAACCUUCGAGAGAUCACAACACGCUUCCUCAACGCCAUCACAUCUACAGUCGAUGAAGUCCCUUAUGGUAUCCGCAUCAUUGCAAGAAAAUUGCGAGUUGCUAUGGAAGAAUCAUUCCCCGAGGAAAAGGAGCAGGCAGCCCGCAUCAUUGGCAACUUUAUCUACUACCGCUAUCUCAAUCCUGCUAUCGUUGCCCCUGAGCAAUACGAUGUUAUUGAUGCUGUCGUUCUCCCUGUGCAACGGAAAAAUUUGGCAGAGGUGGCAAAGAUGCUUCAUCAGAUCUCAAGUGGCAAAAAGUUUGAUGCCGACAACAUGUUUUUGGCACCUUUGAAUGAAUACGUACGCAAAUCAUCGGAUGUCUUUGAGCAAUGGUUCAUGAAAUUGACGGAUGUCGAGGAACCUGAAACCUACUUUGAUAUCCCAGAGCUAAACGACCAGAUGAGCACCCACAAGCCAACUGUGUAUACGACCCCUUACGAGCUAUUCCAUUUACAUCACGCGUUACAACAACAUCUUGAUGAUUUGGAACCAGGACGGCGGAACGGGCCAUUACAAUCCUUAUUGACUGAGCUGGGACCUUCACCCUAUUAUCCCCAACUUGAGCUACCCGAUUCCAUCCUUUGCCUAAAACUGACACACCCUUCGGAUAAUAUUCCCAUGGACCCAGCUGCACGAGAACGACAAUUAUUGGUUGAUUCAAAGCGACUUGUCAUUUAUACCAUCAAAAUCCAGAGCGGCGAGUCAUUGCAAUCGAUCCUUGAAUCACCAACACCAGCCGAAUUGGAAAGUGAAUGGGAGGCGCUUAAGGCAAUCGAAUUUUCACAGCAAGAAGAAGGAGGCAAAACAUCCAAACGACGCUUUGUCAAGCUGAGCCAAACCGAUCCGCCUUUAGAUUUACAAAGCCUUGCUUUCCACCAAUUGAAAGUGGUUACGAGCCGAUUGUUGUAUUAUCUCACACGCACAGGUGCUAUUUCAGCAGAGGGAGGAUAUCAGGAAAUGAUCAACAUGAUUGCACGCGAUAUCACUGGCAAAACAUCCAGGAGGCAGCAACGUGACAAUGAAUUGACGAGGCUGGGACAAACAUUGAAGAAUGUGGUGCGAAAACGACAUUAUCUCACAGAGCAACGUACACAAUACGAGGAUUAUUUGAAGGAAUGCAUGACCAUCAUGGCCAAGAAACGUGGUAGACGACCCAGAUAUGGAUUACCAUUCACGCGACAAUACUUUCAUGUGCGAGCACUCAAGAAGCAAGGAUUGGAGCCAACCUUUGGAUCAUUUAAAUACAGCGGCAAGCAGUUAUAUGAACGAGGGAUCCUUGUGGAUGUGGAUGGGAUCGAGCCCAAGGAUUAUGACAAGAUCAACAUUAUAUUGUCCAUGGAUACAGUGGGGAUUAUUACGAUUGAGGGAGCUUAUUCACGAUGGCCCAUUCCUUCUGUACAAGUGGAUAUGAGAUAUGAGGAGCUACUGCAAACACAAUUUGAAGGUGCGCAGACCAUGCAAGUGCUGGAUGGCCUUGUCAAGGUCAAUGUGAAUCUAUUGAUUUUCCUUAUCAACAAAAAGUAA